GGCUCCUCGCGGGCCACGCCCCCCGGCCCCUCCGGAGCUCGCGCGGGACUGAGGGGUGGAGCCUUCCUCGUGAACUUUCACCCCAGCAUGGCUGCGCCCGUGGGGCCGGUGAAGUUCUGGCGACCCGGUACAGAGGGACCGGGUGUCAGCAUCUCUGAAGAGAGACAGAGUCUAGCUGAAAACUCUGCAACAACUGUUGUUUACAAUCCUUAUGCUGCCCUUUCUAUAGAGCAGCAGAGGCAGAAGCUGCCCGUGUUCAAGCUUAGGAAUCAUAUAUUAUACUUGAUAGAAAACUAUCAGACAGUGGUGAUUGUUGGAGAAACAGGAUGUGGAAAGAGCACGCAGAUUCCACAAUACCUUGCAGAAGCUGGCUGGACAGCCGAAGGAAGAGUGGUGGGAGUGACCCAGCCUCGAAGAGUGGCUGCCGUUACAGUUGCAGGGAGAGUAGCCGAGGAAAGGGGUGCGGUGCUGGGCCACGAGGUGGGCUACUGCAUCCGCUUUGACGACUGCACUGACCCGCUGGCGACGAGAAUUAAGUUUCUGACCGAUGGAAUGCUGGUCCGGGAAAUGAUGGUUGAUCCGUUGUUAACAAAAUACAGUGCCAUCAUGCUGGAUGAAGCCCAUGAGAGGACCCUGUACACCGACAUUGCCAUUGGCUUGUUGAAGAAGAUUCAGAAAAAGCGAGGGGAUCUUCGAUUGAUUGUGGCUUCAGCCACUCUGGAUGCAGAGAAAUUUCGGGAUUUCUUUAAUCAAAAUGACACCAGUGACCCAACCAGGGAUACGUGUGUGAUCCUCACAGUGGAAGGACGGACAUUUCCAGUGGAUAUCUUUUAUCUGCAAAGUCCUGUUCCAGAUUAUAUCAAAUCAACUGUAGAAACCGUGAUGAAAAUUCACCAGACAGAGGGAGAUGGAGACAUACUAGCAUUUCUUACUGGCCAGGAAGAGGUGGAAAGCGUCGUGUCUAUGCUGAUCGAGCAGGCGCGAGCACUGGGUCGGACUGGGAUGAAGAGACACCUCCGGGUCCUCCCCAUGUAUGCAGGGCUGCCUUCCUUUGAGCAGAUGAAGGUGUUUGAGAGGGUGUCACGCAGUGUCAGAAAGGUGAUAGUGGCCACCAACGUGGCGGAAACUUCCAUCACAAUCAGCGGGAUCGUGUAUGUGAUUGACUGCGGCUUCGUGAAACUCCGCGCCUACAACCCCAGGACAGCUAUCGAGUGCUUGGUGGUGGUCCCGGUGUCCCAGGCUUCAGCCAAUCAGCGAGCAGGACGUGCUGGCCGCAGCCGCUCAGGAAAAUGCUACCGCCUUUAUACAGAGGACGCCUUUGACCAGCUGCCUCAGUCCACCGUUCCUGAGAUGCAGCGGAGCAACCUGGCCCCCGUCAUCCUGCAGCUGAAAGCUCUGGGGAUUGACAACGUCCUCAGGUUCCACUUCAUGUCGCCCCCGCCAGCUCAGUCGAUGGUUCAAGCACUGGAGUUACUCUAUGCUCUGGGAGGUCUGGACAAAGACUGUCGCCUAACUGAACCGCUUGGCAUGAGAAUCGCAGAGUUUCCUUUGAAUCCCAUGUUUGCAAAAAUGCUCCUUGAAUCAGGGAAUUUUGGCUGUUCUCAGGAAAUUCUAAGCAUUGCAGCCAUGAUGCAGAUCCAGAAUGUCUUCGUGGUUCCCUCAAACCAAAAGUCUCAGGCUAUCCGAGUGCACCGAAAAUUUGCUGUGGAGGAGGGCGAUCAUCUUACCAUGCUCAACGUAUACGAAGCAUUUAUCAAACACAAUAAGAACUCCCAGUGGUGCCAGGAGCAUUUCCUGAAUUACAAGGGUCUCGUCAGAGCUGCGACAGUGAGAGAGCAAUUGAAAAAGCUUCUUGUCAAGUUUCAAGUGCCCAAGAAAUCUAGCGAAGGAGAUCCAGAUCCUGUUCUGAGGUGCAUUGUUUCCGGAUUCUUUGCCAAUGCAGCGAGGUUUCAUUCUACUGGAGUUUAUAGGACUAUCCGUGAUGAUCAUGAAUUGCACAUCCACCCUGCAUCCGUGCUCUACGCCGAGAAGCCGCCCCGCUGGGUUAUCUACAAUGAAGUUAUACAGACCUCCAAGUAUUACAUGAGAGACGUGACCGCUAUUGAAUCUGCUUGGCUGUUGGAGCUGGCUCCACACUUUUAUCAACAAGGCACGCACCUGUCCCUAAAAGCCAAAAGGGCCAAGGUCCAGGACCAGUGAGCAGGGCUCAGCUGCAGGGGCUGCUGUGUGCCCUCUCUUCCACCUGCCGCCCCCCUGCCCCGGCCUGGGCGAGCCGCCGUCGGCUCACGUGGACCCUUGAGCUGCUCUGCAGUGGGCUGCAGCCUGUGCACAGCCCCUUCGCGUCCAUUCCCUCAGCACCUACAUUCCUUGCUGGGAUCCUGGAGGAGUUUGUGCCUGGGUGGGCAUCCCGCUUUGCAGGAGUUGAAAGGACCGUGCUCUUUGCUCACCCAGCAUCCUCACUAACCCAGUCUGCCGUUUAGACCAGGCACAGAGUCGUGACCCGGCUUUGUGGGGAAUGAGGAGGAGAGUGGGCCGCCGUAGGCGGAAGCACCACGUGGGGUGAGCAGAGGGUUUGCUGGGCUGGCUUCGCUUUCCCUGCCGGGGCCACGGCUCUGUUGUCCAGUGAGGUUCGCCGUAGGGUGUGAAGGAGCAUGUAUCUCCGAAAGCCUGUGACCCUGGAAACGCUGCGGAUUUCUGCCAGCGUCACCGAGGGGCAUGUCCAUGGGCACAGGGGCUCCCAGACCAAGCCUGGGAGACUGUUUUCCCUCUGCCCGGGUCCCUGUUUGCCUGCGGCCGGGAGACUUGCAAGGCUUGGCAACCGACAGAGAGGACCCUCGUGCACCGUGCUUUGUUAGCACAGGGUUUCUCUGUUUCAUGAAUGGGCUUGGCUUUCCCUCUGCAUAUGAUGUCGUGUCCUCAUGCCACUAGUGAAAGCUCAUUGGCUCAAACCCCAUCCAGGACCCUCCGUAGCAGAAAUUCACAACACCUUAGAGGCUCUAAGCUUCUGUAGCUCAGGAACGAAACGUGUACAUUUGUCUUUUGUUUGUUUGCUUGGGCUCUCGUGAGAACGCAGGGUUGCGACGGGGGCUGUUCCAGCAGGCGCUGGUCUCAUUGUCACCCCUGGGCUUCUUUGCUGUGAUGACGUUUGCAUUUCAACCCAUGACCUAUCCAGAUUGUUUUCCCCUUACUGUUUCAAUGACAUUUAUUUUAAAAACACGUAGCUUGAAAAUUUAUUUUUGUACUGAUAUUAGUUCAGGUGUGCCACUUUUGGCACCAAACCUGUAUGUCAUUUUUAUUUCUGUUUUAUAAACAUGUAAAUAAUAGUGAUAACUUGUUAAUAAUAGUAAACAUUUAUACCUAAAGUAAAUGUA